AAAGAUUUCAACAUGGCAGGGGUUGUGAUCGUCGCGGUCGUCGGCGCGGGACGGAUGGGGCAGAUCCGCCUGGCAGGACUCCAAUCGAGCCCGAAGAUGAAAGUGUCGUACGUGAUUGACGAGAACCUAGAGCAAGCACAGACAUUGGCCGCGCAAUUCAAUGCAACUGGAGUCAAGACACUGGAGGAAGCACUCAGGGAUUCGAAGGUGUCUGCCGUGUGGAUCUCUACUCCAACAUUCACGCAUCUGGACCUCAUCCGUCAGGCAGCCAAAGCCGGGAAAGCAAUUGCUGUCGAGAAACCUGUGGCAGGCACCCUGGCCGACCUCGAUACUGCAUAUCAAGUUUGCAAAGAUACAUCCGUGCCUCUCUUCUGUUCCUUCCAGCGCCGCUUCGACCCGCACUAUGUAGCCCUUCGAGACGCCAUCACUUCAAACUCGAUAGGCGCUGUUCAGUCGAUUCAAACAGUAUUCCGGGAUCAUCCUUGCCCACCCAUCGAGUUCCUCAAGUCUGGCGGUGACCCAUUUCACGACCUUGCCGUCCACGACAUCGACUUUGUUUGCGACGUGCUGAAGGAGUACCCGACGCUGGUGCUGGCCUUUGGCACCAGCCUCGAUCCCGCCCUUCGUGCAGUCAAUGUCAUGGAUAAAGCAUCGGUGUGGCUGCAGUUUCCAUCGGGCGUCGUCUGCACCAUGGAUCUGGCGCGCCACGCCAGCUACGGCUACGACCAGCGCAUCGAAGUGUUUGGGCGACAAGGCAUGCUCGAGGUACAGAACUUGCACAAGACUGCGCUGCGCCAUUCCUCGGCAGCGGGAGUCCACGAAGAUCCCUUCUUGCACUCGUUUCCCCAGCGCUUCCGCGACGCAUACGAGAUCGAGAUCAGUCAUUUUGCUCAGGUUGUACUCGCGAACGAGGUCCCAAAAGUCACGUGGAAGGCCGCUCGAAAUGCUACGAUCGUCGCGGAGGCAUGCCGCCAGUCGGCACUGCACCAAAAAAUGAUGGCCGUGGAGUACAGCUAGCCAACGCCCAACCUUCCACCUAGUACUUGUGCUUCAUCGCCAUCUGGAGCUUCUUGACCCACACGGUGUUCGUUUUGUUGCAUUCGGCCGUCAAGAGAUACGUGCGCUGCUCGUGUUGAAUGAAAACGAUCGUGGGCUUCUUCGUCAG